AUGGAUACUUGCUCUAUCAACGAUGAGGGCGCAGACGCUAUCGUCAUGGAUUCGCCAAUAACUGAAAGACCUACACGGGAGACAUUUCAAAGGUACGUAGCCUUUCGUUUUCUGUUUACCUCAAAAAUGCACGGUGUUAAGUCUGGUCGGCUGUCAAGUUAUUCCUCUGCGUCAUUAAAUAUACAUUUGUAUUGGUGCUUUGUCCAUCCCAUGUCAGUGUAGGCUAUAUCAAUCUGUCUAUCAAUCAAUAUAAAUGUUCUGUGUAUUUGUAAGCACUUGACGACCACAGGCAAUACAUGACAUGGAUUUCUCAGGGUCCUAUUCUUCAAUCUUGUAUUUAUUAUAACCUACAAAUGUGCCACUGCUUACAUGAAUUGUAAAUCAAGAGCAGACUAAACUGGAAGAAGUCUAUCUUUUCAUUUACUCUUGUUUGGUGGGUGAGAAAAACAUUGAUUUUGUAUUUGUAAAAUGUGUUCUCAAAUGCGCUACAAUAGCAGCCAAUCUCUCCCCAGAGAAUGUUUCAUUGAAAUGUAAUAGUCCAAUAACCAAUUUGUAAGUCACUCCGGAUAAGAGCCUCUGCUAAAUGACUUAAAUGUAAAUAACAGGUGGAGUGUGGCAGUCUAUUCACCCAAUCCACUCCCACAUUCACUUCCAUACGCAAUCUCCCGGGAUCCAGAGAUAUCUGCUAUUCCUCGGCUAUCCACUCUGUGCUCUCCCAAGUCAGCAUAAUGCAGAUAUGCAUAUGACAUUGCUGACACAAUAGCCUACUGUAGGGUCGGCUCAGGGGAAACCACAAAUCCACAGCGCAAAACUCCACCAUACCAGUUUUUUGAUAGAUAACUAAUAGUCACUACAUUGCCCCUGCUUUAGUUUAGCCGUCAACAUUGGACAUACAUUAUAUAUACAGUGGGGAGAACAAGUAUUUGAUACACUGCAGAUUUUGCAGGUUUUCCUACUUACAAAGCACCUGGAGGUCUGUAAUUUUUAUCAUAGGUACACUUCAACUGUGAGAGACGGAAUCUAAAACAAAAAUCCUUUUGUAUGAUUUUUAAGUAAUUCAUUUGCAUUUUAUUGCAUGACAUAAGUAUUUGAUACAUCAGAAAAGCAGAACUUAAUAUUUGGUACAGAAACACCUGUUAUUGACACUGUAGGAGGGAGUGACAACCACAGAGGUAAUAGUUGAAAGAUCCUGAAGUCAGUGUACCAUCUCUUUCCAAACCUGUUUUCUUUUAGGUUUGCAAAUGCAUAGAGCUGUUAUGUAUUGGUCUUGACUAAUGAUAAAAAUAAAAUACAUUUUAUCCUAUUUCACACAUGUACAAGUAUGUAUUAAAACGCGUGUGAAUUAAAGAUGUGUUAUUUUUUUGCAUAUCCCACUCUCAAUGAUUAUGUGCAUCCACUGACUCAGGUACCCUUGUCAAACUUCCCCAUGAUGCAUCAGCUGCCUGCUUAUUCAGUAGCCAACCACAACAAUCAAUAUUCAAUUCUGCAUGAGAAGUACCAGAUGCAUCAUAACAAUUAGGCGAAUGGUUAAAUUAUGUAAAACCAAGAGUGGUUAAAUGCUGUAAAACCAAGAGUGGUUAAAUGCUGUAAAACCAAGAGAGUGGUUAAAUGAGAUCAAGGGAGAAAAAAAAAAGAUCACCACCUCCCAAUGAUAUAUGCAGUUACACAUUUCCUAUCGGACACCAAUGUGUUUCUGCAUGUUACUCCAUAUCAUCCACACCUGACCUUACAUGGCUGGAGAUCAUAAACGUUUUUGCUACAGUGCACUCCUCCUACUGAACAGGACCCUGGCACAUCACGUUGGUCCAAACAAAGGACAAAUACUGACAUGGUUCCCUCUUAUGAACAACGUGCUUGCUAAUACCAUCUCCAUAAAUCAAUAAACAGGCCACCAGUAGCAGUGCGGGGGGAAAACAUGAAAGCAGCAGUGUCAGCAAUACCUUCUUUAGACCCAAAUACGAUGUCAUAUCAACGUUUAACAAAAAGCACAGCGCUGUUCCACCGAGGGUGGUGCUUGCCUACAGUAUGACACGAAAACAAUGUAGCAGAGUAUCAACAUAGUAACACCCGCUUUAGAGCGAAAUACAACGUUUCCCAUGUCAACUCAUAUUUCAGAGAUUGGCAAUAUCUCAGGCGAUUGUUGUUUGAAUACGUAGCUUGCAGACCGGGGGCUCGUAACGCCUAGCUGGAGGUAUUUUUUUUUGUAACUGCUCUGUUCAAUAAUGAAUUGGUUCCACAAAUUUACAUUUUAGUCAUUUAGCAGACGCUCUUAUCCAGAGCGACUUACAGUUAGUGAGUGCAUACAUUUUUCAUACUUCAUAUUACCUAGCUGUGCAAGCAUGACCUAGCUCUAUUAAAAGCUGUCAAUGAGAAGCAGUGAAUACCAGGAGUUUUACCACUGCAGUAACACGGUCCUAAGGAGUGCAGUGGGCAGCAGGCACCUGCUGCUAGCACAGAAGCCCCCAUCAUGCUGCCGUCAGUGCACUGUGCAGCUUGUGAUGUGUCAGGUGAGGGGUACAUGGCAACUUCUAAUUGGACAGCAAAUAAAUCAUGCUUUCACCUGAGUAAGUUCAGAAGCAAGCUGGUGACGCAUCAGCCACCGAACAGCAACAUAUUUUUUCCCCCCCUGCCAAAAUGGUGAUCUUGAUGGGGUCUUUUGAGUGGAACCACGACAUAGGUUUGAGAAAUUGACUCCACACUUUUAAGCGACCGAUCCAUCUUAAGACACUUUAUAUUAUUAAUACAGCUACAUUUUGAAAUGCACAAUGGCACACAGUGAAGUUGUGAUGAAUUUGCUGUCCGCCUAUCUCUCCGGUGGUUGGACAUGCAAAUAAAGCCCUCAAGUGCUGAUCCAUAUGCUCGCCGUUUACUUACCCCGUCACCUUGGUGAUGGGGGGGGUCAAUGAAGUGCGUCUCAGUACACCCAGACGACCAGGUCUGGAAAAACAACCCAUAACGUCAUUUGACCCUCUAACCGGAGUCAGAUUGAAAUUAGACUGUGCAUAAAUGUCUGCUUGUCCCCCCACAAUGAAAUCUGGGAGGGGACUGUGGAUAUGUUUGACCCUCUAACCGGAGUCAGAUUGAAAUUACACUGUGCAUAAAUGUCUGCUUGUCCCCCCACAAUGAAAUCUGGGAGGGGACUGUGGAUAUGUUUGACCCUCUAACCGGAGUCAGAUUGAAAUUACACCGUGCAUAAAUGUCUGCUUGUCACCCACAAUGAAAUCGGGGAGGGGACUGUGGAUAUGUUUGACCCUCUAACCGGAGUCAGAUUGAAAUUACACCGUGCAUAAAUGUCUGCUUGUCCCCCAUAAUGAAAUCGGGGAGGGGACUGUGGAUAUGUUUGACCCUCUAACCGGAGUCAGAUUGAAAUUAGACUGUGCAUAAAUGUCUGCUUGUCCCCCAUAAUGAAAUCGGGGAGGGGACUGUGGAUAUGUUUCCGUCCGGUCCUACGUUAGUCACACGUGAUAGCUCAGACAGCACUGGUCAAUGUUGACGAAACUUGGGUGAAUGAUAUGCUUCUUGCCAUGGAGAUAUGGCAUUUUCUAAAUUACACUGAUUGGCCCAAGGCGGGUGCUAUAGUAAUUAACUGGAAAUGUGUUAGUCACAUGCGAUAUCUCAAUUGGCCCAAGGGGGGACGCUGCAUCCUUCGUGGGGGACGACAUGUUUACUGUUGCCUUGUAAUAACGUGAAUUCAAUAUUACUUACAGUUCAGUAAAUAGGGAUUCUGACUUAUAAACGUUAAUUGUCAUUAGGCCUAAUGCAAUUACUAAUAGUGCUUAACGUGGUCAGCUCUCUCUCUCUCUCUCUCUCUCUCUCUGACGGUCAGCAGAGUUUCAUAGUGUAUAGUUUAUGUCCAGUUCCUUAGAGGAAACAUGAGGAAGAAAAAGCACAUAACUUAACCCAUAACAUCUGUGCAUAACUUAACCCAUAACAUCUGUGCAUAACUUAACCCAUAACAUCUGUGCAUAACUUAACCCAUAACAUCUGUGCAUAACUUAACCCAUAACAUCUGUGCAUAACUUAACCCAUAACAUCUGUGCAUAACUUAACCCAUAAACUGUGCAUAACUGAACCCAUAACAUCUGUGCAUAACUGAACCCAUAACAUCUGUGCAUAACUGAACCCAUAACAUCUGUGCAUAACUGAACGCAUAACAUCUGUGCAUAACUGAACCCUAAAUCUGUGCAUAAUAACACAAACAUAUUGCAAUGCACUUCUCCAUAACUCGGGCAUAACUUACCAUAACAUCUGUGCAUAACUUAACCCAUAACUGUGCAUAACUGAACCCAUAACAUCUGUGCAUAACUUAACACAUAACAUCUGUGCAUAACUUAACACAUAACAUCUGUGCAAUGCACUUCUUCCAUAACAUCGGUGCAUAACUUAACCCAUAACAUCUGUGCAAUGCACUUCUUCCAUAAACCAUGAGUCAUUCUUCAUCAGAUCCACUGCAGUCUUCAUCCACAGGACUCUCUUUCGGAUGUUGAAAGGCAGGCAGGGCAGACGGAGCAAUCUCUUGGCCUAAUUGGGCCUUCAAGCAACGCAACGCAACAAUACUUUAGACGUCAUUCCUUAACUAAUUCAUUUGGUUUGCCUAAUUGGGUUUCAAGCAACGCAACAAUGUAGUAAAACUGUUGCAGCCGGAGAAGCAGAUGAGCUGAAACACUGAUUAUCGAAAAUUCCGGUGUACAUUUGACGAUGACAAGCAAUGCCACUGUAGGGGUUAUAAAUAAAUACACAUUUCCCCCCCUAUCUGUUUUUUUUUUUUCCACAGUGAGAUACCGGAGUUGUCACUGUGUCCUCCUGACAGUGUGUGCCCGGAGGCCCAGGCCACUCUGAUCCAGGACCAGUCUGACAGCUGCAGCCUCCCCAGGCCCUCCUCCUCCACCUCCUCCCAGCUCUACCACCAAGUCUCCCAGGGAUGCACCUACCAUUCGCCGCAGCACCGACGAUGUCACUGUUGUGGCCAUCACAAGCCAAUCAAAGGCAAAGCCUGUCUGGAGUCGCACCCAAUCACUGUGGGUCCUCCUCACGCCGACUGCUCGACGGGCGCUGUCAAGACGGGUCGCAGCUGCAGCCCCUCCCAUGUCCCUUCCUGUCACAACUCUGUCCGCUGCCACUGGCUGCACGGUUCCCAUGAUGGCGGUGGCCCCCACAAGUCCAAACAGCAUCAUGUGAUCACAGUCAGGUCUGUAUUCUAUAUACUGUACACAAGCAUAAUUAUCAUGCAAAAAUAUAACAAGGUCAAUGACGCAUCAUUAUUUGUCUAUUUCAGGGAUGACGGACUCUACUGGAUCCCUAGAAAGUCAGUAUCCACGACAACAAGAUAAUUGUGUAACAGCAAAAUGAACUACAAUUUCCAUUGCAUCCAACGUGCAGUGCAUGGCAGAAAUUAGGACAACAAAUAUAUUUAGUCUUUCAUUUAGCUAUACAACAUGGUUUUAAGCUCAAAAUAAUAUUUAAUUCAACUAUACAUGGUUCUAAGCUCAAAAUAGUAUUUCAUUUAGCUAUACAACAUGGUUCUAGGCCCAAAAUAGUAUUUCAUUUAGCUAUACAACAUGGUUCUAAGCUCAAAAUAGUAUUACAUAACUCAAAAUAUGAGUACUGGUGACCAAUGUUUUGAGAUUUAAUGUUAAAUGUUGUACUUAACUGAAAAAUGCUUGAACCAUGAUUUUUCUAGCACACCCACUGAGUGAGAUGUACAGUACAGUCCUUUAACUAUGCAAAGCCCAUUAGAGAUGUGUCACUGAGAUCCUCUUUUCCUGUGGCACUUUCUUGACAGUUACUCCCAGGUGGUAGUGGAGUAUCCCCUGGCGGUGCUCGUUGGGUGUGUAGCGGUCCUGCUGGGAUGCUCCCUAGCUGGCCUGUUGAUUGGUCCCCUGCCAGACUUCUCUGACCCGCUGAUGGUGAGUGUCUCCCUCGGCAGCACUGUCGCUUUCUCUCCAACAUCCUGUCAAACCGAACGCUACCGUAAACACUUCUUUAGCUUGCUCCCCUGCCUCUUGAAAAGCUGCCGCAGAAAAAGUAGACCCUGCAGAUCUAAAAAAAAAAAUAUUGUCAGCUCAGAAAUACAAGUGUAACCAUAUCAGUGCAAUUGCAGGUCUAAUGAGCAGUCAAGGAUAGUUACAUAAACUGAUUGAAUUACCAAUUGUGUAAUAAAUGAUUUAAACCCAUUGCGAUAAACAUGUAAUUAUGUAAUAAUGGCAGAGACCAGGGUAAAAAUUAAUCUUGAACACAACGCUAUAUCAAUCAACACUGCAUGUACAAUGUCACCGUCAAUCUUCAAAGCAUCCAUUCCUAGUAUGUCACUAAACAUACAUUAGCAUCUAAUCAGUCUUCAUUCACCUACUGUAGGCCAAACAGUCAGCAUUAGGUGUACAUAUUUCUCAUGUAAAUUAAUUCAGUGCAUUGUUUUCCUGCUUGGGCUGUCGUCAGGAGAUGCUGUUCUAUUGACUUUGAUGUUUUUAAUGCAGGGGUUUGAGCCUCGAGGAACAUACAUCGGGGUGCGACAGUCUGCCUUGGCUAAGCUUCAGGAGAACACGGGGCCUGGAAACACACUGUCUUUGAUACCGCAACAGCUCAAAGACAAGACAGCUGGGAGGUACUGUGCUAAAACCGGAGGAGCUCUUCACCACACACUGAGAGCCCUGCACAAAAUGGCUGCCAACACAAAGUAGAACCAUGGGACAUUGAGUUCACUCAGCCCCAGAUUAUAAUUACUCACUAAAACAGGCUACAAUUUGGCAUCUUUCAGUUCAGAGGCACGAUACAGAUGGAACAGGGCUACACUUGCACCUGAUAUAGUAUAGCUACGAUGUAAAAAAUGCUGGAUAGUUGUAUAUGGAGUCCAUAUGUCCAUUGUUGCUUGGGGUGCUGAUUUAGCUAUUGCCUGUGUGAUUGAUAUGAAUUGUCUAGAAGUCUCAUGUAUAAUUGUGUUGCGUUCAUGUUUAUUUAUGAAGCUAUGGAGAUGGUAGCGGAGGGGAUGCCGGUGGGAGCCAGGAACAGUCGUCCAGGCAACGGUCUAGAAGAAUGCUAGACAGGGAUUCGGCCCAGGACACAUUCCUCUGUGACGCUCCAGGUAGGCUACUAACACUAAUCAACACUCACAUGAUGGUGUUGUCUCUCUGCUACUAGAGAAAUGUUCCAUAAUGUAUCAAUCGAAAAUCUAGGUAUUGACCAGCUAGUUCAUCAUUCCAGUGUUCACUUUCAGUUAUGAGCAAAACAUAAGCAAUCCCUCUGGCUACAUUGUAUAAGUGGUGACUGAGGACAGUCUUUGUUGAGGCCAUGUUCUUGCCUCCAUCUGUGGCAUCACAGGAGAACGCUACGCCCAGCUGGUCUUCCGCUCGGGAAACUCUGCCAGUCUUUGGAGCCUGAAGGCGAUCUACUCCAUGUGCGAGAUGGAGCAGGCCAGGGUAGGUCUUCACACAUCUUUAAAUCAGCAGACCAUCUGCCAUACAGUGGGGGAAAAAAAGUAUUUAGUCAGCCAACAAUUGUGCAAGUUCUCCCACUUAAAAAGAUGAGAGAGGCCUGUAAUUUUCAUCAUAGGUACACGUCAACUAUGACAGACAAAAUGAGGAAAGAAAAUCCAGAAAAUCACAUUGUAGGAUUUUUUAUGCAUUUAUUUGCAAAUUAUGGUGGAAAAUAAGUAUUUGGUCAAUAACAAAAGUUUCUCAAUACUUUGUUAUAUACCCUUUGUUGGCAAUGACACAGGUCAAACGUUUUCUGUAAGUCUUCACAAGGUUUUCACACACUGUUGCUGGUAUUUUGGCCCAUUCCUCUAUGCAGAUCUCCUCUAGAGCAGUGAUGUUUUGGGGCUGUCGCUGGGCAGCACAGACUUUCAACUCCCUCCAAAGAUUUUCUAUGGGGUUGAGAUCUGGAGACUGGCUAGGCCACUCCAGGACCUUGAAAUACUUCUUACGAAGCCACUCCUUCGUUGCCCGGGCGGUGUGUUUGGGAUCAUUGUCAUGCUGAAAGACCCAGCCACGUUUCAUCUUCAAUGCCCUUGCUGAUGGAAGGAGGUUUUCACUCAAAAUCUCACGAUACAUGGCCCCAUUCAUUCUUUCCUUUACACAGAUCAGUCGUCCUGGUCCCUUUGCAGAAAAACAGCCCCAAAGCAUGAUGUUUCCACCCCAUGCUUCACAGUAGGUAUGGUGUUCUUUGGAUGCAACUCAGCAUUCUUUGUCCUCCAAAACACGACGAGUUGAGUUUUUACCAAAAAGUUAUAUUUUGGUUUCAUCUGACCAUAUGACAUUCUCCCAAUCCUCUUCUGGAUCAUCCAAAUGCACUCUAGCAAACUUCAGACGGGCCUGGACAUGUACUGGCUUAAGCAGGGGGACACGUCUGGCACUGCAGGAUUUGAGUCCCUGGCGGCGUAGUGUGUUACUGAUGGUAGGCUUUGUUACUUUGGUCCCAGCUCUCUGCAGGUCAUUCACUAGGUCCCCCCGUGUGGUUCUGGGAUUUUUGCACACCGUUCUUGUGAUCAUUUUGACCCCACGGUGUGAGAUCUUGCGUGGAGCCCCAGAUCGAGGGAGAUUAUCAGUGGUCUUGUUUGUCUUCCAAUUUCUAAUAAUUGCUCCCACAGUUGAUUUCUUCAAACCAAGCUGCUUACCUAUUGCAGAUUCAGUCUUCCCAGCCUGGUGCAGGUCUACAAUUUUGUUUCUGGUGUCCUUUGACAGCUCUUUGGUCUUGGCCAUAGUGGAGUUUGGAGUGUGACUGUUUGAGGUUGUGGACAGGUGUCUUUUAUACUGAUAACAAGUUCAAACAGGUGCCAUUAAUACAGGUAACGAGUGGAGGACAGAGGAGCCUCUUAAAGAAGAAGUUACAGGUCUGUGAGAGCCAGAAAUCUUGCUUGUUUGUAGGUGACCAAAUACUUAUUUUCCACCAUAAUUUGCAAAUAAAUUCAUUAAAAAUCCUACAAUGUGAUUUUCUGGAUUUUUUUUUCUCAAUUUGUCUGUCGUAGUUGACGUGUACCUAUGAUGGAAAUUACAGGCCUCUCUCAUCUUUUUAAGUGGGAGAACUUGCACAAUUGGUGGCUGACUAAAUACUUGUUUUCCCCAUUGUAUAUCCACCAUUACUAACCAGACCACGAAAUCAGGGAGCCAACUCAAACUAAUUAAAUACCUUUCUGGGCUACAGAACUUGGCAGGCACUGAUAGCACACAUCUUUAAACGUUGAUAUUUAUUUGAAAGAGAACAAAAAGGUGUUAUUGAUCCCCAUUAGCUGGUAGAUGAAAAUAAGUUAUGUGAAAAGUUGCUAUAAAAUCUGUCCCUUUCAAUUUACUCUUAUAAUAAAAGGUAUAUGGAACAUCAAUUACAUUGAUUUGGCCAUGGGUAGAGGGAGAAUAAAUCAAUAGAUGUGUUAAAAUGCCAAACUUCUCUUCUCCAUGUUUCAGAUUCGUUCACAACCCCACUUCCAAGAUCUCUGCAAGCAACAUAUCCGAUUGGAAGUGGACGGUGCCAUGAUCAGGGGCGGAUGCUGUCCAAGUUGGUCACUGGGAAACUACCUGGCCCUUCUCAGCAACGCCUCGUCCUGUCUCAGCCUGACCUCUGUGCAGGUGUCAGAGAGUCUGAGCCUACUUCGCCACUGCGCCCCAUACUACCACGACGGAAGCCUGGUGGCAUAUUGUGCAGAGAGGGGCUCGCAAGGCAACUGUGCAUCUGUGCCGACUCGGUGCAAACAUUCUCGUGCCGUAUUCCAGAUAUUGCAUUACCUGGUUGAUAAGGACUUCCUAGGGCCACAGACAAUAGAAUAUCAGGUCCCCUCACUGAAAUAUAGCCUCCUGUUUCUACCGGUGGAAAAAGGAGAUCACUUGAUGGAGAUAUACAUGAACAGCCUUGAAGGUCGUGAGCUUACAUAUAAGAACACUACUAUUACAGGAAUGGACCUAGGCAUCAAGCAAAAGCUAUUCAAGUAUUACCUGGCUAGGGACGCCAUCUACCCUGUUCUGGCUGUAGUUUCGCUGUUCCUCACCACAGCCCUUUAUUUGCGGUCCCUUUUCCUAGCAGCUCUGUCUUUAGUCGCAAUUGUGGGUUCUCUCUUGACUUCCUAUUUCUUCUACAAAGUGGUUUUCCAGCUGACAUUCUUCCCUUUCCUCAACUUAGCUUCAGCUUUCAUCCUGUUCGGCAGUUGCUCUAACCAGGCUUUCACUUUCAUUGAUUUCUGGAACCUACAACUAUCCCAGAAUCCACCCGUUUCUCUAGAGAUAAGAGUCAAUCGAGUUCUCCAAGAGGUUGGGUAUUUGAUAUUGGCAUCAGGCCUGACUUCUAGUGCCACGUUCUUCUCGGGGUUCCUGAGCAGCAUCACGGCAGUCAGAUGCUUUGCCGUGUACCUGGGAACGGCUUCCUUAAUCUGUACUCUUUCCGCCCUUGCGUGGCUACCCAGCUCGCUCAUUUUACGUGAGCGCUACACAGUGACAGUCUCUGUUACUGCAAAGGCCUGGAAGCCUUGCUGCACGAAAAGCCCUGGCGGGUUCUGGGACAAAAGCUCGCGAAAGCGGUGCCUCUUCACCUUUGGUCAGAAGCUACGAGGGUUGAAGCGGGGACUGUCCGACACCUCCAAUUUACUUUUCCUGAAAAUCCUCCCGUGUGGAGUGGUCAAGUUCAGAUACAUUUGGGUCUGCUGGUUCGCAGUGUUGGCCGCAGGAGGAACAUACAUCUCGGUUGUAGACCCUGGUAUGAGACUACCCACUUUAGACAACAGGGCAACUCAGUUAUUUCGCUCCAGCCAUCCCUUUGAAAGAUAUGACGCCGAAUAUCGCUACCAAUUCAUGUUUGAACGGCUGGUGAAUGGGGAGGACAAGCUCAUUACAUUGACUCUUGUUUGGGGAGUCAUCCCAACCGAUAAUGGCAAUCACUUUGAUCCAAAAAGCAAUGGAUCUUUAGUUAUGGAUCCAGAGUUUAACAUGAGUAGCCCAGAGUCUCAGGUGUGGUUGAGAGACUUGUGUGAAAGAGUUCAAAACCAGAGUUUUUAUUUACCAUCAUCGUCGUCGUCUGAAAACGAAGGCGCAACGGACAACGUCUGUAUUGUCGAGCAACUCAUACACUGGGUGUCUAUUCGACGUUGCUCAGAGAGCGAGGAUGCCUUCCAUUUUUGCUGCAACAAUAUUCCCUUUCCUUACCCACCGGGUGUUUUUGAACAAUGCCUGAGUAUGAUGGUGGCCGAGCGGCAUUCAGAGGGUUAUGUGUCCGAGGUUGGAGGCCUACAUUUUGAGGCAGAUGGUCGAAUAGCAGCCCUGGUAAUGGUAUUUAGGACUACACAUCGCUAUAGCUACAACUUUAGUCACACCACCCUUUUCUAUAAUGAUAUUGUGUCAUGGUUUAAUGGAGAAAUGUCUGGGGCACCACUGGGACUAAAGGAAGGAUUUUUCGUGAGCCAGUUGACACUGUUUGACUUGCAACAAUGUCUAAGCUCAGAAACCCUCGAGGUCACUGGGUUCUCUGUAGCCCUAGUGUUUGUCUUGCUUCUUCUGACCACGUGGAAUAUUCCACUGAGUAUUUAUGGCACUGCUGCUGUUGGAGGAAGUGUUUUUGUCACCGUCGGCCUCCUGGUCCUUCUAGAAUGGCAGCUCAGUGGUGUGGAGGCACUCUACAUAUCAGCUGCUGCUGGGCUCUCCGUCGACUUUUUGGCCAACUACUGCAUAUCAUAUAAUUCAGCUCCGCACUCUGAUAGAAUUGGAAGAGUUGCGCAUUCUCUGAAAAGAAUGAGCUGUCCUGUAGCAAUAGGAUCCGGGGCCUUCUGCUGUGUGGGCAUCGCCAUGCUUCCUACUACUGCUUUGUUGUUCAGAAAGCUGGGGAUUUUCUUAUUUCUGGUGAAAUGUGUAGCGUGUGGAUUUGCCACCUUCUUUUUCCAAUCCCUGUGCUGCUUUAUUGGUCCUCAAAAGAACUGUGGGAAAAUAAUGUUGCCGUGUUCAUCUGAACAGGGAACUGAAGGGAUGCCGUCCUGCUCAGCAGCGGAACCUAGGUCCUCGACCUGCGCAGCCAACGGGGCUUUUGGAAGAUCAAGAGUUCGAAGGAAUUUCAAUAAAGACGAGGGUAAUUACCUUUACCCGAACCAUCAGCGCCAAAGACAGCGACAGGCAGGGGGCGGAAGGGAGCCCGAGCAGUAUGAGCUUCAGCCAUUGGCCUGUCAGCUGAGUGACAGCUUUGAGAACAGCACGUGCACUAGUAAGCUAUCCAACAGACCCUCAGUUCUCUCGGAUGACAUCCAGUUCGAUGGGCUGAGUCCCAGGAGGUGUGUGGAGAGGAGCAACAUUGAGGCAGAUAGUGAAGAGAUCUGUGGUAGGCACCACAAAGGCUGCCAACCACCCCCGGCUUUGCAGACCUCUUCCCCUUUCAAAGAGAACACCCUACGGCCAGUAGUUGACCCUCCACGUGACCUGGCUAAGGAAAGGCUCUUGUGCAAGACGUGCAGAGGACAGUCCGCUGGCAUCAAGCACUGGAACGUAUCGCUGUCCUCUUCCUCAAGCAUGGAGGAAACCAUCAUCAGUCAAACGACAGAAAGGAUUUACCAGCCAUCCCUCUCAAAGGACCAGGUCACCAAUAGCACCUUUAAGCGUCACCCUCACAAACGCCUACUGUCAUCUCAGAGUUCAUUUGACGGACUAGAGGAUUCCAAUGAGACUUGCCUGAGUGACACUGAACCUGGACCCUCAAACCAACAGACUUCUAUUGAAGCAGAGGGAGAACUGGAACCACAACCAGGGCACCUUAACGGAAAGAGAGACACCCUACGUCUGUCCCUGAGAGAGACCACAUAUGAGACAGCCUCUCCGGGGUGUGGGAGGGGUCGUACAAGCCAGAGUGACGGACCAGUGAUGUUGCCAAACAGUAAACCAGAUUUGCCUGAUGUAUGGAUCAAACGAGAUGGGCAGAGGGAAGAUACAAGCUGA